CCGCGGGAUCUUACACCUUUUGAACUCUCCCAGCACCUCCGUUCGGGCCACCGGCAGACCAUGCCCUCUCUAUGACGGUUACUUGUUAAGCUAACUCUGCAUGCCAGAAGACUGUCCUUGGUUGAUCCAAGGGCUUUUGGGGACUCCAGCCUCUCCCCAGUUUUUCUGUGUGUGUGUGUUCCUCUAGAACUUUCAAAACUGUUUCUCCAAAGGGUUUUGCAGAAACUUAGACUGUUUUCUAAAGCGGAAGCACCUCAGUCCACAGCAGUAGUGAUGGGCAGCGUGCGAACCAACCGCUACAGCAUUGUGUCUUCGGAAGAGGACGGCAUGAAGCUGGCGACCAUGGCCGUUGCCAACGGCUUUGGGAAUGGCAAGAGUAAGGUACACACCAGACAGCAGUGCAGGAGCCGCUUUGUCAAGAAAGAUGGCCACUGCAACGUCCAGUUCAUUAACGUGGGCGAGAAGGGACAGCGCUACCUGGCAGACAUCUUCACCACUUGUGUGGACAUCCGCUGGAGGUGGAUGCUAGUUAUCUUCUGCCUGACCUUCAUCCUCUCCUGGCUGUUUUUUGGCUGUGUGUUUUGGUUGAUUGCGCUGUUGCACGGGGAUCUGGAGAACCAAGAAAAUAACAAACCUUGUGUCUCUCAAGUGAGCAGCUUCACCGCAGCCUUUCUCUUCUCCAUCGAGACCCAGACCACGAUCGGCUAUGGCUUCAGGUGUGUCACAGACGAGUGCCCCAUCGCAGUUUUCAUGGUGGUUUUCCAGUCUAUAGUAGGCUGCAUCAUUGAUGCCUUCAUCAUUGGUGCUGUCAUGGCAAAGAUGGCUAAGCCAAAAAAGAGAAACGAAACUCUAGUCUUCAGCCACAACGCCGUGGUGGCCAUGAGAGAUGGAAAACUGUGCCUGAUGUGGCGAGUUGGAAACCUGAGGAAAAGCCACUUGGUGGAGGCACACGUGCGAGCACAGCUCCUCAAAUCCAGGAUCACGUCGGAAGGCGAGUACAUCCCUUUGGAUCAAAUAGACAUCAAUGUAGGGUUUGACAGCGGGAUAGACCGCAUAUUCCUGGUCUCCCCCAUUACAAUUGUCCAUGAAAUAGAUGAAGACAGUCCUUUGUAUGACUUGAGCAAACAAGACAUGGACAAUGCCGACUUUGAAAUUGUAGUAAUAUUAGAGGGUAUGGUGGAAGCUACUGCCAUGACUACCCAGUGCCGUAGCUCGUAUCUGGCAAACGAAAUCCUCUGGGGCCACCGCUACGAGCCCGUACUCUUUGAAGAGAAAAACUACUACAAAGUGGACUACUCGAGGUUCCACAAAACAUACGAAGUGCCCAACACACCCAUCUGUAGUGCCAGAGACUUAGCGGAAAAGAAAUACAUCCUCUCGAACGCAAACUCCUUUUGCUAUGAGAACGAGGUGGCCCUCAACAGCAAAGAGGAGGACGAGAUUGACACGGGGGUGCCUGAGAGCAUGAGCACAGACACCCACCCGGACAUGGACCACCACAACCAGGCCGGGGUUCCUCUAGAGCCGCGGCCGCUCCGGCGGGAGUCGGAGAUAUGACUGACAGACUCUUCCUCUCCCUUUUGGUUGAAAGGAAACUUAAAAAAAUACAAAAAAUGAAUCUAUCGGUCAAAAGCACGUUGACCCGAGAAGUUGGCCCAGAACAGUUUUCAGACGACGGUACUGUUGAAGAUUGGUGGGAAGGCAAGCAGACCUGAGAAACCCGGGCUGGUUUUAGGGCUGUCCUCAGAGGAGAGACGAUGGAAAAUGAACUCUAAACACAAAGCACUAAACAUGUCUAAGUAUGAACAGAAGGCACAUAUGUUGUAGAAUAAAUUAUGUAUAUAUUUUUUUACAAAACUUGAACUUGCAGGCAAGCUUUGGUUGGGUUAUUAUUAUUUUUUUUCAACUUUUUCCAGAAUGCUUCUCUCUAGGGAACAAGAAUGUUUUUAAUGGCAUAACAAAGGCAAGAAUCUGCCUUAUUAUUAUUAUUAUUAAAAUUAUUUUUUAAAAAGCUGCUGCUAACUACAUGAACACAAAUGGUUAUUUUUGUUGCAGUGUAGUUUUUGUUUUCUCUUGUGUAAUUUAAAAAAGAAAAAGUCAGUGUUGAACUUUUUGGGUUGAAAAAGCUGGUGAUCAGUUUAGAGAGGCCAAUGUUGCCAGAGAGUCGAAACUCCUUUGAGGCCAGUAGGUUGAUAGCAGGAAUCAGUUUCUCUCUUUCCAGUUACAUAAGGGGCAUUAUGUAAUAUCAGGCCCAUCAGGAGCCUCCAGCAAAAUUAUGAUUUUUGUGGGGAGAAUUUAAUUCUCUGUCUAAAGGAAAAAGGAAAUAAAAAAAAUAUAUAUACAUAGACAAAGGACUAAGUUAAAACUACCUAAAUGGAUACCAAAGAAUAUGCACAGUUUUGCACAGUGGAGUUUAUUAAAAAAUAAAAUUAAAAAAAAGCAAAAAAAAAAAA